AAACUCAAAUCCCCCUGAAUGCGACCUUAUGCCAAAUACAAUAGGUCUCCUAUAGCCUGUGUUUCUUGCAGAGCAAGCAAAAUACGAUGUGUUCGACAACAGAACUUGCCCUCCUGUAAAAGGUGUAAAGAAUUGGCCUUGAAAUGUGAGUCUGAAAUCAAAAUAUCCCAGCAACUGGGGCUCAUUAACAAGAAGAUAGCAAGUCCAACUAGCACGCCACAGCACAUAUCUCCUAUUCUUCCUACGAAAGAAUUUGUGGUGGAAUUAGUAGAAAUCUUUUUUGCAAACCAGUAUCAAGGGAUUUUCCCCUUUAUUCACAGACCUUCGUUUCUUGAGUUUUUGAAGUCAGAUGAGUUUAACCCUUCAACUUACAUAGAUGACUAUAACUCCAAGUUCUUUACCGAGACUUACUCGACCAGCUUGCGUUACCCUGAUCCUGUUUUGCUUCUAUCUAUUUUGGCCCUUUGUGCUAGGUUACAUAGCGGUAUAUCUUUUGCAUAUGGCAAAUUUCUGGAAGAUACGGCACCUGAAUCGUUCGAACCAUAUAUUUUGACACUGGAUUCAGAAUUUUCAACUUAUAUCAAGCUGGAUACUGACUUGGUGUCAGCUUCAAAUGCGUCCAAAUACUUCGGGUGGCAUGCUAGAAGGUACAUGAAAGAUGUUUUUGAUAGCCCUACGGUCCAGAGGAUACAAGCAUUUACGUUAUUGAGUAGCCAUGAAUGGGGUGAAGGUAACAACUCUCGGAGUUUCCUCUACAUUGGAAUAGCUGCCAGAAUGGCUUUAGUGUUGGGAUUAGGAAAUGAAAACACGAUUUGUGACGAAGACGUACAUGAUAAGAACCUUGGGGAAAUUGUCACUGAGAGUAAACGACGAACUAUUUGGUCGGUUUACAUGAUGGAUAGAUGUAACUCUAGUGGUAGACAACGCUCUCCUGCCAUCAGAAUAGAAGAUAUUAAAGUGAAACUUCCAAGUAAUGAGAAUGACUUCUUGUUCGGAAACCCCAAUACGUCACUAAUGUACGACGAAUUGACCAAGUCUAUGCAAGGAGGUGCUCUGGGUCACUCCCGAAACAUUUCUAUGAUUGGGUUUACCAUAGUUGUCUUUGAAAUCUGGGCAAAAAUUGCUAAAUGGGUUGGAGAAGUUGGUGUAAAGUAUGAGAAGUCGUCGCCUUGGUUAUCUGAGUCAGUAUUUCAUUGUCUAAGACAAGAUUUGGAUUCAGUGGCGGUAUUACUUCCCCCUGAUUUCCAGCUUUCGGGUUUUAACUUGAAAAUGCAUAUGGAGUUGGGAACUGCCACUCACUUUGGAUACUUUCAUGGCUUAUUUUUCAUCUGCCGUAUUUUCUUGAACAGAGAGUACCUUUUUUGUAAUCCAGACUCAUUUCCUCCUGGGUGGUGGAAAGACCUUACGGUUCAGCUUUUAGACUCUUUGGAGCUGAUUUCUUCGUUGGUGGAAGAAUUGAGAUCAAAAGACAUGAUGGUAAUUGCCCCAUUUACAGGUUUUGAGGUCUUUACCUGUGCUGUCACCUCGUUCUACUUUUGUGCUUUUCCCGAUGAAAUCUUAUUGGAGCAUCUUCCUGUUGAAAAGUUGGGUGUUGUGAAUACUCGAUCAGAUUUAGGGGAUUGGAAGUUCAAGUAUAAGAAGCUUGCGCUAAAGAAUAUGGACUGUCUAACCAAAUGGACACAGACGUGGGAAUUGGGAAGAAAAUGGCAGAAAUUAUCGGUGAAUCUUGGUAUUAUAUUUGGUCAACUUGCAGCCAAUGGAUCAGAUGAGUUCAAUUCCGAUUACUUGAGGCAUUCAAUGCAAGACUAUGGAAGCGGUGAAGUUGCAGAGGUUUAUGUUCCACAAACUUCGCAUAAGAAGCAUGACAAGAGUGAUAUGGAGAUUAUGAGGCUACUUAAUAAGGACUCCACUCCAGCAUCUGUUAGCGAAGAGAAUAGUCAGGAAAUGUCAUCAGGAGAUUUUGGAGUGAUUGAGCUUCUUUCUCCACCUCAAUUCAUGUUUUCUACAAACUCUCUAAGUAUCUACCCGGGAUGGAAUGGUAGUGAUGAUUCUUGAUAUUAUCAAUAUAAACCUAUUUAGACUUAAAUGUUUGUAAAUUCUUUUUUCCAAUCAAAGUACGACUGAAAGCUUUGUAACUUGCCUUUGAAUUCAUGUCCUUGAGAAAUAAUCUUUUCGUCUGAGUCAUAUGGCUUGAUUGCUUGAACUGAUGUGACCUUGCUGGAGGAUGCUAAUGCCUCCCCAGAAG